GUAGUCAUAUCCCCGUACCCCCAGAGUCCAGAAAGAUACGGCCUCCUCCUCCUGUCCUCACCUCAUGCUUCCAGACGCUGCUCCCGGGGACGACCCCGUGGCCGGAUCAGCGCCGGCGGCGGUGGCGACGGCGAAGGCGAGGGUGAAGGUGCUGUUCUUCGCCCGCGCGCGGGAUCUGACGGGCGUCGCGGAGUCGUCGGUGGAGGUGCCCUCCGGGAGCACCGCGGGGGAAUGCCUCGGCCGGGUGCUGGCCUCGUUCCCCAAGCUGGAGGAGAUCCGCCGCUCCAUGGUGCUCGCGCUCAACGAGGAGUACGCGCCCGAGUCCGCCCCCGUCGCCGACGGAGACGAGCUCGCCAUCAUCCCGCCGAUCAGCGGCGGCUGACCGAGGCUGAAAAUGAAGAAAACGAAAAAAAGAAAGAAAGGUUCUCUUCUUUCUUCAAUACGGAGCACUACUUGUUUUUUUUUUUCGCUUCCUGAUCAACGUGCAGGUUGGAUCAAUAAUAAAUUUGUGAUGUUCGUUGGCGUUUCUGCUCUCAAAUCAUCAAUCAUGUUGAUGAACAAUAUUAUUUCAAAUCUGAGAAAGAUACAUGAGGCAUGCUCUUCGUGUACUUGACUGUA